AUUGAGUUAUUAAGUAACACUUAAUAAUUUAUGAAAUAUAACAAAUAAUUGUGGGGAUAAUUUACCAAAAACAGGAUGGAUGUUCCCACUUAUUACUAGUGUGACAUAAAAAUGAAGUGACGUGUUCUAACAAUUUAACCAAGGGUCGGGAUAGAUAGGCCGAUAGUUUCCGCGGGUAAGGUUGCCAAACAACUAAAAAGGAAAAGAAAAGGGAUUUUGCUGGACUAACUUGUGGACUUGAUUUGCUUAAAGAGGAGGUGCAGAGAUUUUGUUGUGUGAAACUGCCAUCAGAUUUUUUUUCUUCUCUGAUCUUGAUAUUUCAGUCGCCGUGUGUCGGCGAGCUUGGGUUGCGGUUCAAAAAAAAAAUUGCACAGAUCGCGCUAUCGCUGUUUGCCGCCGACGGAGUCAUCACUUGUUUGUUUGAUUGUUUUUUGUUUGGGGCUUCGCUGUUUAGUGGCCUCGGUUCUCCAUUGUUCUCAUCUUUGUUGUCAUUCGGAUCGCCUCAACAAUCUCUCUCUCGGAACAAAGUUGUUUGCGCCGAGAGGAACAGAGUCGAUUGCCAGUUUUUUUUCACCGACGACCUUCAAUUUCCGGUCGCCGAGAAGUCUACAGAGACUAAUAGUGCUGUUUAUCCCAUCGACGACCCCUCUGCUGCUGUCGCCAGUUGUCUUCGGUUGUGUACUUGCCGUUUGUAACUGUUUUGUGAUCUGUGUCUUCGUUUGGGGCUGAUUGCUUGGUCCUUUGCCAUCGACUGGUUCUUCUCUAUUACCGAGAGAGUUUUGCAGCGCUACCGUGUCCUUGUCGUAGGUGAGCCGCAGUUUGGUGACUGAAAUUGUGAAGAAGAUGAAGGGUGUUUGGCUACAUGCGCACUCUUUUUGCCAGCUAGACGCCACUAAGAUUCUGCCUAGGAAAUCGGUCAAACGAAUCAGCGUAAAUAUCGUUUUCUCUUUAGGGUAGGGAAGGGGACGGAGGGUAAUAAAAAAAUUGUGUUUGGGUAAAGUUAGUGGAGGGAAAGGGAAGAAGAGAGAGGGGUUUGGAGGGUUAUUUAUAAGCAACUUACAGUAAUUUUUUAACCUUCCAAAAUUGGGAGGAUAAGAAAGGAAAGGGAAGGCAAUGGCAGGCGAUGGCAUACAAAAUAUUUGUUAGGCCAAUUUUACCCUCAAAUUUGCUCUUUAUAUUAGGGCCUGUAUUCAGCGCGGGAACAAAGGAAGGCGUAUAUUCAGCGCGGGAACAAAGGGGCCAAAAUUCACUGGUAUAAGAAGAAAUAGGAGAGAGAAAAGGGGGAAAUGGGUUCACUGCAUGGUCUCUGUGCCGGAGGAGGAAGUUGAUGAUAGAGAUAGAAGGGAAAGGUUUGUAACGGCAUCUCCAAGAAGAGCCGCCUCUAGAAAUAGGUUGAGCCGGCUCCUUUAUUGGCCUGCAUACACCAACUCUUUCGGGAUUUCUCAAAUGCCCAAGAGAGCCGGCUCCAGCAACUAAUUGAGGCGGCUCCAAAAAAAAUGUGGAGCCGGCUCCACAAAAAGGAAGAGCCGGCUCCACUCAUCUACAUCCUUCCUAUUUCACUCGGCACCUCUCAAAAACCCAUAAGAGCCGGCUCCAUGAUCAUGGUUGAGCCGGCUCCCUUCAAGUGUCCUAUUCCCAUUAUAUCUCGGCACUUCCUAAUUUGGGGUCAUUAUUGAAACAUUCCAGAGAGCAAACUGACUUAGGAGACUUCAUCUUGCUUUGGGCGAAUUCUUCCAUAUGAUGGGUUCCUUCACUGAUUCUAGGGAGUUCUGUUGUUGAGAGCACUAUGAGAAAUGUAGGUUUGAAAUGCAUCAAGUUUACCAGAGAAGCAUCAGAAGACUGUUCCUUCUACUGAACCAAGCAUCCCCCCUGAAAUCAUUAUUGAGAUUCUGAGUUGGUUGCCAGUAAAAAUCCUAUUGAGGCUCAAGUGUGUGUGCAAGCAAUUGUAUGCCACAAUUCAAGAUCACCACUUCAUUGAAAAGCAUUGAAGGAGGGCCGUCGUUAGUAAUAAUUAUUUUAAUAAUAUAGUUCAAAGCCCUCCCGCAGCUCCCACUGACUCAUUCCAAUUGAUCUGUGGUUGUGAUGGCUUGCUACUCAGGAUGAGCAACGCCACUGAUAAGUAUCAUAUUCAGAAUCCAACCACCCGCCAAAUACUUCGACUUGCCUGAUCCACAUAUGGGUAGCAUUGACAUCUCCUUCUCUUUCAUUCCAUCUACUGGUGAUUAUAAAUUGGUCUCUAUCUAUGACAUUGAUGGGGAAAAUUCUGGCAAUGAAGGUUGUGAAGUUCUUACGGUUGGAACUGAUGAUUCUUGGAGACCCCUCAAAAGUCCCUAACCUACAUGAUGAUAUUAACAAAAACAGAGAUAGAGCUUCAGUAAUUGUAUCAGCUGGCUCCACUGUUCACUGCAUUCGGUUAUUUAAUGCUGAAUCAAAUAUAUAUGACGACGUGGUAUCUCUAGAUGUAGAGACCGAGUGCUUUACGGUUACUGCUCUGUCACAAGAUUUGCUCCCAAAUUGGGAAAAGGUCGAGGCUUUAAGUUGGAAUGGAAAACUAUCAUUUGUUGAUAGGGUGGAAGAGGGUCUGCAUGUGUUGGUCUUGGAAGAUCACAAAAGGCAAAAAUGGGGUGCAAAGUGUGUUAUCUUUUUGGCAUUCCUAAAGAAAAAACAAUAUAUGAUGGUUGAUCUUGUUCCUCUGUUUGCUCAGAAUGGUGAUUUGUGGUUCAUGUGGAGAGAGGAGAAAUACUUUGCUUAUAACAUGGACAGUGGGACAAUCCGCCACACAGUAGUUGCUUUUAGAGGACGUAGAGUUGCAAAAAAAUUAUAUCGCUGCCCACCCAGCGUGGUAACUUUGAAAGGAAUGUGAUCAGAAAAUGCACAACCACAAAUGAACCAAGCUAGUUAGUAGCAGGUUUGAUGGAUACUUUUCUUUUUCUUUGCUAAAGAAUAAUUUUAGGGGUAGUAAUAUACUACAGCUUUUGUUCAGUGUGUUUAGCAUAUCAAUACUUCUGACGAAUAUCAAAUUUCUUUAUUAUUCUAGUAUAAGAAGAAAACAAAGUUUUCAUGAGAAUCUCAUGGUGGUUUUAAUUGGUGUUUUAUGUUGAAUCUUUCUCUAGU